AUGGAUCCAAACAACCCAAAUUUCCGCCAACAAUUUUCUGGUUUUAGUGAUGAUUUGCUAACUAAUCCCAAGUUUCAAUUGUUCUUGCAAAGAAUGGGCAAUACGUCUUUGCAACCAUCUCCACAGUAUCAGACACCCACUCAGUUUCCCCUACGAAACCAUGUUAUUGAAGAAUGUACACCUGAAACUGUACAUGAUAGCAACACACAAUUCAAUGAGAGCGAAGAGGACAGCGUACCAGAGACGCCGCAAUAUCCUCCACCAGUUCCCGAACUGCAAUCCAACCAGGUUGUUGCACGACCGACUCGAAUUUGGUCAGUUGCGGAAGAUGAAACUCUGAUUGGGUUGUACUUGGAGAUCAGCGAGAAUGCUAUUAAAGGCACGAGCCAGAAAGCAACUUCCCUUUGGCGCGAUGUACACGCAGCAUAUCAAAGUGCCCAUGCGGAGAAGCCGAAUAUAAUUCCGCCAAGACCUAUGAAGAGUAGACUUCCGGAGGGAGGGAGUGGUUACAACGAAGCUGACCGAAUAAAAAGUGCGUCGAAGCUUUUUCAUCUCGCCCAAGGUCGUAAUUUCGCUUUUCUUCACGCGGUUGAAAUGCUUAAUAAAGAUCCAAAUUGGAGGCCGAAGCUGAGGUGGUCCUUGUCAAAGGAGGAAAGAAAAGCUGUUCGUGAUGUUGAGGAGCAAGGUAGUGCUGGAAGUGGGAAGAGGUCCAGAGACGAUGGAGGGGAUGAAACCCCUAUUGAUGGUUUUUCAUCUGGAGGAAUACAAAGACCCGAAGGUGUGAAGAAAGCAAAGGCCAAGCGUAAAGGGAAAGAAGUAGCUUCAGAAAGUGGUUCGUCUGAGCUUAGCGAACGAAUGAAGGAAUUUGCUACAAUUCGCGAGAGGGAGGCCAUUCUGAAGGAAGAGAGGAUCAAAAUUGAAAAGGACAAGGAACAGAGGAAACGGGAGGAACUUGACUUUCAUAAAAUGAAAACCUGGUUUGAUAUUCUGCAAGCUCUGAAGAAUUCGCCUACGCCACUCACUCCUGAAGAAGAGUCGUACAAGAAUUUUUUGUUGGGUAAAUUACAGGGCUUGUAA